AUGGACAGAGGAACCUGGUGGGCUACAGCCCACAGGAUUGCAAAAGAGUCAGACACGACUAAGCAACUAAACACGCACGCACACUGGUGGUUCAGAGGUGCGACCGCAUCUGAGGAUGCUGCUCCGGUUCAUUCUGCACCUGGUCUCUUGGCUGCCCGAUCCCCAGCAGCCAGGGCCGCCCUGCAGGUCCCAAGUAGUCCUCAGAGAGACUGUAGCCUCGCGCUGCUGUUUCUAAAUCUAUAUCUCUGCAUCUCAAGAAAAAUUCUGCUCUUGACUUUUGAAUGUCAAGAAGACGAUCUAAAGCAAUGA